UCUACACAUAUUUAUCACCGAUUCAGAGAGUAAGUCAACCCUCUCUUUUUUCUCUCGUCACCACACAAAAUUUAAGAGCAAAACUCCGGCGAUCGCCCAGUAUGGCAGCGUAUGCCGCUCUUGCUUCCCUUUCUCAAACUACACAUCUUACUAUCAAUAAACACAAAUCUCACUUUUCUAUCGACGCGGGAGAAAAUAUUAGAUCCAUCCACGAGUACGUCAAUUUCUUGCUAUUGUUCCUCCAAGAUUUUCCAGAGAAAUCCAAGUGUUGGGAAGUCAAGAUGAGGGACGUAGCUCAUGAAGCUGAAGAUAUUAUCGAACUAUAUAUGUCCCAGCUGUCAUACUGUAGAUGGAUUAAGCCGUCAAACGUGAAAUUUGAAGACCAGCUCAGAAAUGUAACUCUAAAGUUAUGUUUGAUGGCUGGGGAUUUGAUAGACGAGGGACCUGCUCACUCACGUCUUGUUGUCUCAUCGUCAUCUUCAUCAAGAGCUGCAACUACUGGAAACAGUGCGGUGGUUGGUUUAGACGACGACGUUAUGGCAAUUAAGGAUCGGCUUUGUGGUUUGUCAUCCAAACUGCAAGUCAUCCCCAUAGUGGGUAUGGGUGGGAUAGGUAAGACUACUCUUGCUAGAAAUGUUUAUGAUGAUCUACUAGUUGUCGAGCAUUUUUACGUUCGUGUUUGGCUCACAGUAUCACAAGAUUACAGUGCGCGGAAAGUUCUUUUUGAUGUUCUAUAUUCAAUAAACUUGAUUGAACAAAGAAUGUGUUUGGGUGUUGAAGAUUCAAUGGAAUUGAGAGAAGAACAAAUGCGUAGAGAGGAGACUGAUUAUUCUACAAUGGCGGUGAAAGUGUACAAAAAAUUGAAGGGUAGGAGAUAUCUCAUUGUCAUGGAUGAUGUCUGGAGCACAAAGGUUUGGGAUGAUGUGAGGAAUAUAUUCCCGGAUGAUGGUAAUGGAAGUCGAAUCAUGUUAACCACAAGGCUACGGGAUAUAGCCACUUAUCCCGACUCUAAUAGUCCUCCUCAUGAGAUGAGGUUCAUGGAUGAUUCUCAAAGUUGGGAUUUGCUUAAGGGAAAGGUGUUUGCAAACUGCAAUUGCCCACCUGAGUUGGAACAUGUCGGGAAAGAGAUUGCAAGAAGCUGUGCAGGGCUACCCCUUGCUGUUGUCUUGGUUGCUGGAUUCCUGUCUGCAGUCAACAAGACUCAAUACUCUUGGGAGGAAAUUUCCAAAAAUGUAAAUCCAAGUGUUGGUGAAGAGCUAGAGAGGAUAUUAUCUUUGAGUUACACGCACUUGCCUCAUCAUUUGAGGCCGUGUUUUCUAUUUAUUGGAGUGUUUCCAGAAGAUGAAAUUAUUCGUGCUUCAAGACUUAUUAAAUUAUGGGUAGCUGAGGGUUUCUUGAAGCAUCAAAAUGGAUGCAGUAAAAGCUUGGAAGAGGAGGCAGAGGAGUAUUUGGAGGAUCUAGUCAAGAGGAAUCUUGUAACUGUGACAAGUAGGAAGAGUGAUGGUAAAAUCAAGUGUUGCAGCCUCCAUGAUAUGGUACGAGACUUGUGCAUAAGGAAAGCUCAUGAUGAGAGGUUUCUUCGUGUUGCGGAUAGUCGUGUUGUUCGACAAGGCAUGAUAAAUGAGCGACGCAUCAGUUUCAGGCUUUCUGAUAUAGAUGACUUCUGGUGUCCAACCAUCCGUACCAUGCUAUGCUUCGAACUCUGGAGUUUCCCUAGUUCGCCAGAGUUUCUACGACGUUUUAGAUUGCUUAGGAUAUUGGAUGCUGUGGGUGGCAACUCUAAAGACCUCCCUUCCCAAGUAUUUGAGUUGUUUCAUUUUAGAUAUCUUGCUUUAAAUUGUUCUUCCAGUAUUCCAUCAGCCAUAUCUAAUCUUCUGAAUCUUCAAACCUUAAUCAUUAUUCCAACCACUAACAGCUGGCAUAAAUUUAUUAGUGAUGAAGAUGUAUCUCAUUUCUCUUUGCCAUUGGAAAUUUGGAGGAUGCCUCAGUUAAGGCAUAUUGUCCUCUAUGAUCUUUAUAUGCUACCUCAUCCCCCAGAUGGAUCAAACCUUCCAUUAGUAAAUCUUCAAAGUCUUUCCUACAUAAUUGAUCUUGUAUGGACAGAAGAGAUUUUGCAAAUGAUUCCUAAUGUGAAAAGAUUGGGACUUGCGUAUAAAAGCAAUAAAGGGUAUCACCUCCAUCUUCUCAAGCAUCUGCAUCAACUUGAAAAGUUGGAACUCUAUGGGUUUUACGGUUUUCCUUGGGUGGAGCAUAACCUGAUAACUUUCCCUCGGACACUAAAAAAGUUGACGUUAGCGGCUAGGGGAUUUCCUUGGGAAUAUAUGAGUGUUGUUGGUUCGUUGCCUAAUCUACAAGUGCUUAAACUACGAGAUUAUGCUUGCGAUGGUGACACAUGGGAAACAGCUGAUGGAGAAUUUCCUCAGCUGAGGUUUUUGCUAAUUGAGGGUUCAGAUUUACAGCACUGGAUAACUGAGAGCAGUCACUUCCCAAGACUCCAGUGCCUAGUGCUUCAGUAUUGUUGGAAUUUGAGGGAGAUUCCAGAAUGUAUAGGAGAAAUUCCAACACUUGAACUUAUUGAAGUGGAUCAUUGUAACGAGGAUCUUGAGAAGUCAGCCAAGCAAAUAAAUGAGGAUCAACAGAGCUACGGAAAUAAUACUCUUCAUGUUCGAACUAUAUAGAAGUCUUUAUCACAAAAUUUUCUGACGCCGAGAACGCCAGGAAGAAGCUCCGCCUCUCCAAGGAUCAAUCCGCCAUUCUCGAGGAAAGCUUCAAAGAGCACUACAACUCAAUCAAAAGCAAACAAUGGCUCUGGCGAAGAGAUUGGGGCUGAGGCCUAGGCAGGUUGAAGUGUGGUUCCAAAACAGGAGAGCAAGUUGAGAUAAUGAAGAAAGCAUCUUGCACGAUUCGAUUGUCUAGUAACUCCUCAAGGCAUGUUGCUUUUAAGGUCAUCAGCAAGCCAUUGCAACCACACGCAUUCUUGAGAAGCAAGUGCCGAUGCUUUAUACUCCGCCUCCGUAGUUGAUAAGAAAACUGCAUCUUGUUUCUUGCUACACCACAUCUUGUUUCUUGCUACACCAGGAAAUACUUGUAUCUCUACAAAGAAAGACAUAACAACCUGUUGUUGAUUUCCUGUCAUCUAAAUCUCCUCCAUAAUUUGCAUCCGUAAAACCUGUUAAGGAUAUCUCAACAUUCUUCUUGAAGAAUAAGCCCAAAUCUGGAGUUGAGUUUAUAUACUUCAAAAUCCUUUUUGUAGCUUCCAA